AUGGAUUCGAGUACAUAUCUAUUAUUAACAAGUAGUAUCGAUUCAUUAUAUCCUGAGAAAUUUCUUCCUAAUACUUUACCAACAGUAUUAUCAACAACAACAGCAGUAGCAGCAGCAAUACUAAAUGAAACAAGUAGUAUAGUCGGAUUAACAGAAACACUUGUACCAGAAAAGUAUCAAGUCAUAUUAUUAAGUUUUGCAUAUGGAAUUAUAUCUUUACUUGCUCUUGUGGGUAAUUUAUGUAUUAUUUACAUUGUUCUACGCAAUCGACGAAUGCAUUCAGUGACAAAUUAUUUUAUAUGCAAUUUAGCUCUUUCUGAUUGUCUUGUUGCUUGUUUUGCUGUACCAUUUCAAUUUCAAGCAGCAGUUCUUCAAAAAUGGGUAUUACCGCAUUUUCUUUGCAAAUUAGCACCAUUUGUUCAAAUACUGUCUAUUGAUGUAUCAAUAUAUACUCUUGUUGCUGUUUCACUUGAUCGUUACCAUGUCAUGUUACAUCCAUUAAAACCGAAAUUAUCAACAAAAAGUGCAUUUAUUAUAUUUUUUAUAAUUUGGCUUAUUGCACUUGGAUCAUCAAUACCUAGUUUAUUUUUUUAUAAUGUUAGUUUUACAGAUGAAUAUGGUUAUCAAUGUCUACCAAAUAAUGAUCAACAAAAACAAGAUAAUUCUACAAUAAAAUCCUAUGAUAUAAAUAAAAUUUAUAUUGUUUAUAAUAUUUAUUCACAAUAUAUAAUACCAUUUAUAAUCAUAAGUUGUGCUUAUUUUCGUAUAGCAUCACAUUUAUAUUUUUCUAAACCUGUUGGACAAACAAAACAUCAAGAAGUUAUUGCUCGAAAUAAACGUAAAGUAUUAAAAAUGCUAUUUCUUGUUGUUGCCUUAUUUUUAAUAUGUUGGUUUCCAUUACAAUUAUAUAAUUUUCUUAAUGUUUAUAAACCAGAAAUAAAUGAUUUUAAACAUAUUGUAGUAUUAUGGUUAUGUGCAAAUUGGCUUGCUAUGUCGAAUUCUUGUCAUAAUCCAUUUAUUUAUGGCCUUUGUAGUGCAAAAUUUAAUCAAGAAUUUCGCAAACUUUUUUCUUGUUUCCCAUGUAUUGAUCCUUCUAAAUUAGAUACAGAUAUAUCAAAGAAAAAUAAUCCUAUUUCAUUAAUAACAAAACAAUCUCAAUCAACAACAACAUCAUCAUCACAAGUACAACGUCUAAAUUAUCAACAACGUACAUCUAAUUCUUUAGCAAUUUCACCAAAAAUUCAACAUCAAGCAAGACAAAAUACAGCAAAUAACCAAAUUUCAUCAACACCCACAAACAGAGCAACAGGAUGUCAUCAUAAAAAACGCCUUUAUUUUUUCUCGAAUCACAGCUCGAAUCACCGUCACGCGUUAUUCAGCAAUAAUAAUAAUAAUUAUUAUACUUCAAAACUAGAUCGAUCAAUAAUUAACUGUGAAAAAUUUUUACCUGAUCAAGAAUUAACUAAUGCAACAAAAGAGAAUGAUCUUUUAUUGGUUCAUGCACGACAAUCUAUUCGUUUUGUGUAG